CGUUGAUUAUUUUUACUUCUUCCUGUCAAACCUGUCAAAAUGUUAAAUUGUGUUAAAUCGGAUAGUUAACGAGUUCCUCAAACAUAUUUUAAAAAUAUGAUUGUGGUGACAUGACAUGAAUUAUUUACGGUACUGUUCAUAGUGCUAAAAAUAAAUUAACUAUACACAUACCACAUGUACAAAUGUAUUCCAUAUGCAUAAGUUUAUAACCUAAAAAAUCCAGUUGUUAAGUAAUAAGUAGUAACGUAAAAAUAAACGUAUAAAGUAUAAUAAAUCAAAAAAAUGAGUGCAAUAUUCAGACACGUAAACGCGAUAGUUUUAAUAUUCUUUGGUAUUUGGAUUGUGAUCCUUUUAUUUAUUGCAUUUCCGAUGAUCUCUACACACGUAUCUCCUGCAAAUACGGAAACUGUAGAUCGACUUGCGAAGGCUUUAGCUGAUUUAGAGAUACUCCGUAAACAAAAUAACGAGUUACAAGAGCUUUUUAGAGAUAUUAAAUUAGGUGAUUUUAAAAGUGAAGAAAAAGAAGCAAUAGAAAACUUUCAAAUGCGUCUGACGAAAGUGGAACACCCAAAAUCGAAAAGACUUCAAGACGUCGGGUUUGUAAGCCAAAAAGAGGAACCAAACUCUCAAUACGAAAUAUUGAGGAGACGAAUUGCCACAAAUACAAAGGAGUUAUUUUAUUAUGUUCGGGGUGAGAUGCAUAAUCUGAAACAGCAAGUUCAACAGUUAUCGGUGAACGCUGAGAGUUCUGUGGAUGAGUUUUUGAAGGUGACCAAAGAGCACGAACGAUCUUUAUUGCAUGAUAUCGCGCAAUUGGGGGAGAUUGAUGGUUUCGCUACUUGGAGGGAAUUAGAAGCUACCGAAUUAAGUAAUUUGGUACAGAAACGAUUGAAGUAUUUACAAAAUCCCGCUGAUUGUGAAAGUGCCAAAAAAUUAGUUUGCAACUUAAAUAAAGGUUGUGGGUUUGGGUGUCAACUUCAUCACGUAGUAUACUGCUUAUUGGUGGCUUAUGGAACCGAACGUACUUUAAUUUUAAAAUCGAAAGGUUGGAAAUAUAAUAAAGGGGGAUGGGAGGAAAAGUUUAAACCAAUAAGUGAUACUUGUACAGAUACGUUUGGUGAAAACGGCUCAACUUGGCCUGGAACCCCCGAAACUCAAGUUUUAACUAUAUCCGUUAUCGAUUCGAUUUCACCUCGACCUCCGUAUCUUCCACCGGCAAUCCCCGAGGAUUUAGCCCCGCGAUUAAUACGAUUGCACGGCGACCCCAUCGUUUGGUGGAUCGGACAAUUUUUAAAAUAUUUAAUGAAACCACAAGAAAAAACUUCGGCUUUAAUGCAAGAUACUAUGUAUAAUAUUGGAUUUAAAAGACCUAUUGUUGGUGUUCAUAUUAGAAGAACGGAUAAAGUAGGCACAGAAGCCUCUUUUCAUUCUGUUAAUGAAUACAUGGCUGUUGUUGAAGAUUAUUACGAUCAAUUAGAAUUAAAAGGAUCGGUUGAAAAACGUAGGAUAUAUCUCGCAACGGAUGACCCGAAAGUUUUAGCAGAAGCGAAAAAAAAUUAUCCCUCCUACGAGAUUUUGGGUGACGCUUCUAUAUCAAAAACGGCAUCGAUUUCAACAAGAUACUCAGAACAAUCUUUAAACGGGAUCAUUUUAGACAUUCAUAUGCUGUCAAUGAGCGAUUAUUUAGUUUGCACGUUUUCAUCUCAGGUUUGUAGAGUUGCGUAUGAAAUAAUGCAAAAUUAUUUUCCGGAUGCGUCCGAUAAGUUUAAAUCCUUGGACGAUAUUUAUUAUUUCGGGGGUCAGAACCAACACAAUCGCGUCGCUUUGUUGCCACACACCGCGCAAUCCCAAGGCGAGAUUAACUUGAACGUUAACGAUUUGGUUGGAGUUGCUGGAAAUCAUUGGAAUGGUUAUAGUAAAGGGAAAAAUUUACGUACGAAACAAACGGGGUUAUAUCCAAGCUUUAAAGUACAGGAUAAAGUGGAAACAGUGAAGUUUCCAACCUAUGCCAAAGCCACUAAUAAAAAUAACGAUAAUGAUAAUGUGUAAUAAACAAAUUAUUUAAUAAUUUUAUUUCAACAGAAAAGAUAUUAUUGUUGUUUUAAACCACGGAAAUAAAACUUUGCAUUACGUAGUUUUAUAUUAAAA